CAUAGCGCGGCAGUACUUUCUUUGCGGAAUGCCUUCCGGUGAAAAUUAGUGGAACCUCACUGGUGACCACUCGCAUCAACGCGUAUCAUUUCACCGUGAGCGGCUUAAGACGCAUAAAGCGUAAAAGACAGGGCAAAUGUUUGGACUGCGUAAGCGACGCGCGCGCUUCUAAGUGCGUAUCGAAAUGUGUACGUGAAAUUGUGUCCCUGUGCGUAAAAUCAUCCCUUGUUCGUUUCGUGCAACAAGCUGAGUAUCGGGCCGGAAAAGAAACUCGAAAGCAAUGAAAAUGUUCUCUGUGAAUUAAAUGUUAGCCUGUUCCCUGCAUUGUGCGUGAAUGGUGCUCGUAUAGUUGUACGUGCGUGUGUGAGCGUGUGUAUGUGUGUGUUGUAUUCGUCCAUUUUGUAUGCAAGAGGAAAGCGUAACAAUAUCGCAGCUGGCGUUGAAAGGAAAGAAAGCGUUACGCAGUAUUCAGGAAAGGGUGUUGCGCGUUAACAAGGGAAGUCUUCUUCUGUAGGCUUCCGUUAGAACACUCGUCGUGCCCCCGAUGGAAGACGUUGAACACCACCAGGCUAUCCAGCCAUCCUUUCCCCCUACGAACAAGGUGCUUGCAGAUUCGAUCGAAACAUCAUCCAGUGAAGGUACACCAAGGCUAGCAAAUGGGAGAGGAUCGUUCGGGCAGGACAGUGGGUACAGCUCGUACCGAGCAAACACAGCCUACAGCACGUUUAAUCUGUCCCCACGUCAUGGAACCUCCGUGACUACGAUCGACGAAGGCAAUGAGAAUGAUUGUAGCUUGAACGAUAGCAGCGCCGAAGAACCAGGUGGGAGUACAAUCAAUCUUACGCCGAGGACGGCCGCCAGUAUGGUUCAAUUUUCGAACAUCCAUCUGAAUACGCCAAAAGCUGCGAACCGAUCGAAACCCACCCGUCGUCCAAAGGCGUUCGAUUACGAUGGAUCAUCCGGCACGACUGACGUAGACAAUCUGUCGUUAAUCCUUGCACUAUCGACACCGGAACGAUUACCUAGCCGUCCAUCGAAUGCCUUGUCGCAGGAUACACCACUGCGCACAGGCAAUCGUUCCGCAAACCAACCGAUCCAAUUAACGCCUCACAAAGCCAAAGGAAGCUCGCAUUCACUGAAGCGUAAACAUUCGUCAUUCCGCGGAAAGCUUUACUCUGACGGAGAUGUACUGCUUGGUGACGAAAAUCGGCCCGGCGGUCUGAACGACUCUUUCGAUGUGGAUUGUCGUCGGCUGGAGGACAUUUCGCCAAUUCUGAAUAACAAGCGUCGCAAGCACAAUGACCGUGGUAUUGAAGAUCUGAUGCGUUCCAGCACGCCAAAGACGGUCAGCUCGCAGCCAACCUUUCUACAGCUAGAUGCGACUGAAAUACGCCCCGACGUGAAGAAAACGCUACUGAAGUUUCAAAGCUUCAGCCCGAGCAAAGUUCAGUCGUAUGCAGGUCCUCUUUUGCGCCUGAGGCAACCAUUUCAUGGUCUAGAACGUACACCGGAAAAAAAGAAAGAGUUCCGAGUGUUGGCAGAAAUCGAACCGUCGAAGAAAAGCACAGUUCCACCGCUUAAUUUGGAUGCACUGCUUGAAGCACCGAUUCUAGACGAUCCGACGAAGCAGCUCGAACAAACGGUCUCCACCGUACCUUCGUUCGACGACUUCAGCCUAACUCCAUCCAAAGCGAACCCCACCGAUCCAGAGGUGGAGUCUAGAUCGGGCAUUGAUGGUUUCUUUGGGGGUGAAGAUUACGUGUUGCGACAUGCGCCGAGUUACUCGUACGCCCCUACACUUAACUCUAUCCUGGAAGAAUCACCCGUCAGGGCACAAUCUAUACCUGAGAAACUCCCGGUCCCGAAGACGCCUCCAUCGGUUUCUAAAUCUGGCCGGAAACUUAAACGGCUCGGCACAAACGAAACCGUUUCGUCCUUUUCUUGUGUUUCCAGUCCCGCUCGAAGCGUACGGUCUCUUACUCGUCAGAGUGUUCGUGCAUCCGUAUCUCCGAAGGCUCCCCGUUUCCAGGCUGUCCAGAACAAAAGUCUAAAGACCUUCAAAACGUACAACUACUGCGGUUUCGAGUACGUCAACAUUCUGAAACAGUUAUGGAAGCGUAACUCAGACGCACUGGAAAUGGUGCUUGAUUACCUGGAUGAUACGGAUCUAGUACGGGUGGUUCGUGUGUCUCGCAGGUGGAGAUUCAUUAUUAAAAACCACAAGAAAAGUUGGCAUCGUUUAAAGCAGCACCUUAAGCAGCAGCAGCAAAACAAAGAGAACAGUUGCUUCUGCCAGAAGAAUGGAGAGUUGAAUCAAUCGGAGGUUAAGGAAUCCUCUGAACCUAAUGACAAGAUCGAUGGUGAUAGCGAAGUUGUUAAACGGAUACCGUUUGAUAUACUAAAUGUUCGAUCAUCUGGAAAUGUUUCCGGUUCUCAGCUCAGCCACCGUUGUUCAUUCAAUGCUAAGGACGAUUCGAGUAUUGUCAACGUCACUCAUUCACCGCCUGUUAGCCCAUCGAUGCGGAAGUUCGUAAUCAAUCAAAAGAUUGCGUCUCAUUUGAAACAGUCGGAACAGUUGCGCCCAUGUCCCCGUUGCGGGUAUCCAAGCAGAAUCAUCUUCUCUCGCGCUUCUCAAUAUGCCCGCAACAAAUAUGCUUCAUCUGAUCAUGUUCAUUCCACUGCGGAGGCCACUGGAACGCUUACCGGUGAAACUCGCAAUAAUAAUGAAUACUCCGAUAAAUCUCCAGAUUGUGUACGGAAGAAUCUGUUCAACAGCACCACUCCCAGCGUAGCCGAAAUGUCAUUCAAUCAUUCGUCCUGGCAGCUGAACUCAUCCGAAUCGAAUCGUUUCGGCAAACGGCACAUGAAGUUGCGCAGUUCAGCGACGAAAAGCUUGGACUAUCCUUCGGAUGCUUUCGGCAGUGAGGACCAUCGGCCAAACACCCGUGACUCGAAAUGCGAUUAUGCGGUGUGCAGCGGAAAGUUCUGUGGGUUCAAGUACUGCAUCAAGUGUUUAAGUGAGUAUCAUCCGAACACGGCAUGUGCUGAUCUUUCCGUUAACUCACCCACCAAAGAGGAGGAUCGUGGUCAGGCAAAUGUGGCCUGCACUCGGCAGAGUCGUCGUUCGUUGCUGCGUCUGUGCAGAAAGUAGCAAGUAGCUCUGUCUGCAGUUUCAUCUACUCCUUAUUUAAACAGUAUAAGUUUACCCAGUUAAGAAGACUAGCCAACAGUUUAGCCAGUUAGACAAAUGCACAGUGUCGAUUCUCCUUGAGGGAGAUGUGAGGGGAAAGAUAUGGCGAAGAUUCGUUCCAUUCCAGUUUGUUCCGAAUCUCUAGCAUUACGUUUUAAUGUGUUUUUAUUUUUAUACUUCGUUCUAUUUUUGUCUUGCGAUUUUUCUCAUGAUAUUUGUCUAUCUUAUAAACGUACGUAUUUCUUUUUCGUCUGUCCUUUUGUCUCAUUUCGAAGCUCCGAACAAUGAAAUAUGGAGCGCUCUCUAAUUUAUGUUCUGAGUAUUAAUUUUAUUUUUUAUCUCUCGAACGCAAGCGAUUAAACAUAAACACGAUAGCAUUGUACCGAAUUCGUAAUGGUCAAACGCGUUUCAUUUCGAUUCGUUGAUCGACAGAGGAAGAAUGGGAAGAAACUAGCAGGGAGAUUUCUGAACAAACAUGAUGAUAAUUAUAGUAUUAAAUAUGUAGCACACAUGACGAUGUUUUCUAACUCUAGUUAAACCUGUACGUCUUAGUAUCUUAUACACUGAAGGCAAAGCUUACUCGCCACAACCAAUGUUCAAUGGCAAACGAUCAAAAGACACGCAUCGAAACCUGAGUUGAGGGUAUCGAAUUCGGAGUGGAAGUUCAAAACGAACCGUUCUUGCCUUUAUUCCGAUUCGAAUCCAUACACUGGACUGAAAUCGCUCUAGUGUUAGAUAGCAACCAGUUUAAAAUUUGUGUGUCGUGAUUUUUCUUCUAUUAUUUAACAUUGAAAGAACUGAACUGUUACGUCAGCAGGAGGCAGCAUGGGUAGGAAAACGUUACUAUUAAGAAAAAAAAAAUAAAGGAACAAACGGGUGGAGAUGAUUCAAUGGUUAAUGAGAGAUCAAACCUGUAACCUGUUAUAGCGAAAACAUUCAGC